GCAAGCGGCAAAGGCGGCAGCGCUACAGCAUGGCGGCAUCCUCUGCUGGCUUACACAUCCCCGUCGGAGCUCGUGUCACGCUCCCAGCGGGCGAUGGCGUCGUUCGCUAUGCCGGCACCACCGAAUUCGCAGCAGGACGAUGGGUCGGUGUCGAGCUCGACAUGGCCACGGGCAAGAACAAUGGGUCUGUGGCAGGUAAGGUCUACUUUGAGACGGAAGAGAACAGGGGCGUCUUUGUCAGGCCAAGCCAGGUCAAGCUUGCAGCAGGCUCAGAGACAGUGCGCACAUCUCAGCGAGCGGCCGUUGUUACGCCCAGCACGCCCCGCGCUCGUCCGACAAGCAUCGCAGGUGCUGCUACGCCCGCAACAGCAAGCACGCGUCGAACUGCAGCCACACCGUUGCGCUCCGGUCUGCCUGCUCGAGCACCAUCCACGAUAGCACGCUCAACGGCACCUUCAUCAGAAGCAUCCACACGUCCCCCUUCAGCCGCAUCAAUUAGAUCGUCGACAGAGGCGCCUGCACGCUCCGCCAUCGCACCUCGACCCACCGCUCGUGUGCCAGCGCCUAUAUCGACUCGCAAGCCUGCAGUAGCUUCUGCACUCGCUUCUGCUCGUGCUGCUGGUCGACUUGGAGCGCCCAGCACGCCAACGGCUCGCGAUCCUAUACGCCCGCCCGAAACGCCAAGUGCCGAACGGACGCCUGCAGCACCUCCAUCGCCACUGCCACCUCCCGAUGUACAUCCUAGAGCCCAGGGUGAUGCUGAGGAAGAUACCCUUGCCCAACGGCAGGCAGAGUCAGCCGAGAUAGCGCGGGCGCCGAGCACGGAUCCUUUCUCGAUUGCUCUGCCUGCUGUCGCCCUCAAAUCAGAACAAACCGUCCCACUGCGUUUGUUCGAAGAAGUUCAAGCAAAGAUGCGAGUGCUGGAAGCACGCAGAGCAGACGACAGGGAUAAGCUCCGUGAUCUUGAAUCGAUGCAAGAAGAAUUUGCCCUUUCCGAGCAGCAGAAGCUUAAGCUGCAAAGCCGCGUCACUGCGCUACAAGAUGAGCUCAAGAAGGCGCACAGCGAUGCAAAGGCGGCAAAGAUGGAGCGAGACGACUACGAGAAGCAAUACACCGAUCUUGCAGAUCAAGUCGAGAUGACGACGCUAGACAAAGAAGUAGCCGAGGAAAAGGUCGAAGUGGCAGAGGGAGCGGCAGAAGCGCUGAAGGAACGCGUUGCCGAUCUAGAAACACAGCUCAAGACAUACACCGAAGAGAAGAGCUUGGGCACGGACACGGACGGGGAGCUUUCGCUCGAUGCUCGUCAAUUGCAGAAGCAGAACGAUCGACUCAAAGAAGCAUUGAGCAAGAUGAGAGACGUCUUUGCGGAAUCAGAUGCAGAACAUAGGAGGAAGCAGAACGAGAUGGAGAAAGAGCUCGAUCUCAACGCGGAAUUGCAGACAGCAUACGACUCGACUGCUGCAAGGCUCGAAGAGACUGAGGCGCUCGUUGAAGAUCUCAAGCAGCAGCUCGACGAUGCAGUCGGUGCAGAAGACCUGCUUGAGGAUCUCACUCAUCGCAAUUUGGCAUUGAGCGAGAAAUUGGAGGAGAUGCGAGCCACGGUCGAAGAUCUGGAAGCUCUGCGCGAUCUCAACGAAGAGCUCGAAGAGACGCACUCCGAUAACGAGAAGCAGCUGCAAGAGGUCAUUGCUUACAAGGACACGCAACUUUCCGAUUUACGCCAACGCAAUGAAGGCCUCGACGAGGCUUUGCUUGACCACGAGCAGACCAUACGCCAGUUCAGGGAGCUUGUUGGCUCGCUGCAGCUCGAUCUCGAGCAGCUCAGGACGCAGCACCACAGUCAGCGCUCGGAGACCGAAGCGCUGUCGAGCCAGACAAAGGCAAUGCAAUCGCUCAAUCUGAAGCUACAAUCGAACGUGUCUCGUGCUCAGGUUAAGCAGAUCGAUCUCGAACUUCGUCAGAUGGAAGCAAUGCAGGCUCGCUCGAUGCUCGAGAUCUACAGGCCCUAUCUGCCUACAUCGUUCUUCGAUGUCGAUGGCGCUGCAGCAGAAGCGCUGCAGUUCUUCCGCAGACUCGAGAGCAAAACGAGCAUACUCGCGACAGUGUUGUCGCAGAAGCACCGCAUCUCAGACGCCCUUGUCGAAAUUAUACCGGACACGCUCGUGAUAGCCUGCGCAGCUCGAAGUCGGCUUGUCGUCUUUACUCAGCUUUGCAAAUGUCUGGCGGUCAACAUGACUCGAUGCUCCUCAACGACAUUUGUCGACAUGGCAAAGGCAUACAAAGAGGUACACAAUGUCGAAGCGAUCGUCGAUGGCUUUGUGGAGCAGAGCAGGCGCGACGAUCUGCACGAGGCGGACUGCUUUCAGUCUUUGGGCGGCUGUGUGGCUAGCGUCGCUCAUUUGCAGGAAAAGAGUUUUGGCCGAGCAGGCUUUGAUGCGACCGAGCAGCAGAUCGGUCGACUGAAUGCUGCGGACGCCAAUCUCGAUCUUCUCAUUGCCGGGCUAGGGUUCACAAAGCAGGCGAUCGCACUGCAAAGUACCGCAACAGAUCCUACGGUGUUGGAACAGCUCACACAAUCGACCUUUACACCCUUGCAAGACUUGAUCAAUGCUGCUAGGAAGACAAAAGUAGCACUUCGUAAAGUGCACUCACUGCUUGGCGAUCUUGAGGCAAAGAGUAAAGUCUACAAGGGCGGAUCGACUGCGGCUGGCCAGAUCGACAUCUUGUCGCAAAUUUGGGCAGGACUUGCUCAUCAGCUCGCGGACCAGGUGAUACAGAAGCGACAGGCGCAGCUCGCGGGUGACAACGUGCAGAUUGAUGCGAAUGCGCUUCUGUCCUCUCUCUCGGCGGGCUCCGAGAAUACCGCACUGCCAAAGACACUGUCUAAUUGGGCGGCAUCUUCUGCUUUGCUUGGCACAGGUCUUGAUGCUCUUUGCGUAGAGCUCGCACAGCCUGCGCUGCUCGAAAAAGUCACUUACGAGCCGCCGUGGAUUCUGCGAGCAGAGGAGCUGAGGCGCUUAGCAGCCACGAAGCACGAGGCGCAUGACAAGCUCGUGCUACUGACCGAAGAUGUCAAGCGGCUCAACCUUGAGAUCACUCAUCGCGAUAGGACGCUCGAUGAGACACAUCACAAGACUGAACUGCUCGAGCAACGACUGGGCAAGGCAAAAGACCAAGCGGACAAGAUCAUGCAGCUCGAGGCAGAUAUAGAGAAGGCGCGAAGACAAGAGAAGACGACGACGGACAGUUUGGGCGCGCUUCAUGCAGAGCUCGCCAACCUUGCGCAAGAAAAUGAUAAGCUGAAGAAAUCUGUUUCGACGCCGACGCCUGCCGAUGCAGUCAAGCAAGAUGAGCUGGGGGCGUAUCAGGGGUCACUGGAAACGAGCCAAUUACUCCACAAGAUAGAAUCACUGCGUGUGGCCGUUCGACAUCUACGGAGCGAGAACGGCGUCCUGAGAUCUCAAAGUCUCAUGAGUGAUCUCCGCGAGCUACCGAGAUACAGACCUGCUGCUCGUCCGGAUCCGGUACGACGAGAGAUCCAAUCAGAGGCCAAGCUAUUGCUCAGACAGGCAGCGUUACUCUCGAGCUCUUCCGAAGUAGUUGACUUGUCGAUCGCACCAUCUGAUAAAGGCUGGCGAUCGCAAAGCACGGAGCCGAGGGAACAGCUCGCGCGUUCGCGGUACGCCACCGAGCAGCUUCGCAACAGGAUCCGGGACUUGGCGGACCGAGCAGCCGAUGCAGGCUUGCGUAGUGUUCCUCUGUUGACAUGAUGUUGUUGCUACGCUCUGUGCAUGUGUGUACAACAACAUUGUGGGUGCGUCGCUCUCAUUGUCGUCCGGGAUUGAGCAUCGGAUUUAGCUCGUCGUCUGCUUCGGAAGCUUGGGAGAUACUGAGCAGUCGCCGCAAUUCCGCAUUUUCGUGGCGGAGUUGCUCCAGCUCGAUCUCUCUAUCGAGUGCCAAGUCUUUGUUGCCUCUGAGACCCGAGAGCAGCGUCAGGUAGCCGCCCCCGCUCGUAGGAUCGCUAUGGGCUGCCUCGUGAUUCGUGCCCUGGCUACUCGAUGAGCCCGAGGCAGACAGGUGAGACGAUUGCGGCGAGGCAGCCUCUUCACC